AUGAAUCUAUUGAAAAUUUGCAGUAUUUUAAGUCUUUUGUGGGCUUUUGCUGCUGCCGCAGCUAAGAAUGAUAAGAGGAAAUCGGAUCAACCGCAGGGCAGGACUCUUGGUUUAUUGACACCUCUACUUUUGGGUGGCGGUGGACUCUUCGAUGUUCCAGUGCCAAUCAGCGGGGGAGGAGGAGGAGGUGGUGUUGGUGGGGCUGGCAGUGGAGCACAAUCUGAUCCUCUAGAUCAAUAUGGAGGAAAUUAUGGCAACUACGGACCAAAUUAUGGCUAUAGACCCAAUUAUGGUUAUGGUUAUCCCUCGUAUAACUAUGCUUAUCCAAAUUAUUAUAGACCUGCCUAUAAUUGGUAUAAUGGAGGAGGCUAUCAAAGACCAUAUACCUAUCCCUAUAACUAUUAUAGACCUACCUAUCCCAAUUAUAAUAAUUAUAAUUAUGGAGUAGGAACUGGAGUCGGCGCAAGACCAGGAGUUGGUGGUUAUCCCUCUUAUAAUGCACAGAGUUCCAUAGCUUCUUCAGGUGUUGGCUACCCAUCAUAUAGUUCGCAAACUUCUCUAUCUUCCUCCUCUCCUGGAGCUACUUCUGCUGGCGCUGCGGCUGGUUCCCAAUUGACUCAAGCUCAGACAGCUCAAUUGGCUGGCCUUUUGGGUCAGGCUUUGGGCUCUCAGUUGCGACCUUUGUUAGCCAAUGGAGGCGCUGGAGCUGCUGGCACUGCGUCUGGAGCUAAUCCUCAAGCCUUAAGCGGCUUGUUAAGUUUACUUUCUGGUUAG